AUGUCUAGCUUCAAGGAUCUUGUAUUUCAAUUGUUGGACCCAAUACCUCAAUAUGUGUCGGGAUGUUUACCAGGUCUGGCGAUAAUGGGAGAAUCCCCAGCCAACACGCGAACACAAAAAUUGACAUGGCUGCUGAGAUGCCUCGGCUGUCCAUUUACGGGACUGUUUUACGCCAUCAAUGUUGGUGGUAAAAAAGAAUCUCGGGUCGCGUACUGGCUUUCAUCAAAUAGAUUUGUUACUAAAAGAGGUACCGAGCCAGAAUUUAAACCUUUUGGAUUUUAUGCUUGUGAAAUCAAUAUUGGGGAUGACAUAUAUAUAAAAGAAUUCAUCGAUAGGUGCACAGCAAAGGUAUCUAUUCUUGAAAUAUUCUCAGCAUGCGUGUCAGGAUACUUCACUUUGGUUGGGGUCAUGGCAUUGAUUUCUAAAGCGACUGGAACGAUUAGUUGCACCGGUUGGCCAUAUUUACCAUCAUUGUUGUCCUGGACACUUCCGGCAAUCUGGAGGCGGAUACGAUCAGGAAACACGGUGAUUAAAGAUCCUGAUGAUAUAUUCGAAGAGCAUCAAAUUAGGGUUGUUGAAAAUCAUAAAAGUAGAUCUUCCAAACGAAUUACCGUUUUUAUAACUGCGGCAAUAGCCAUAUUUUAUCCUUGGAUAACACUGUUGCUUGCCUACUUUUCACGACCAAUCGGAUAUGGUUGUCGGAGCAAGUUUAUAACAUUGUUCUGCGGCACAUGGUCACUGAAUAGCAUUUUGGCGUUUAUAUGUCACGUCACGGGAGAGAAAUCUCUAAUUUGCCACCAGGGAAAAAACCCAAAGUUUAAAGAAACCAUUUCUGAAGUUCUCCACAUUUGGUUUGCUUUUUGUGGAGCUAUAGUAUUUGUUCUGUUGAUAUUUCUAGCAUUUCUUACUAAAAAUAAUCAAUGGUGGGUCGAUUUAUUUGGCAAUUCCUGUAGUGUCGCAAGUAUAGGGUGCUAG